UUCCCUCUUCUGUCUCCUUCUCUUAAUUCCUUUUCUCUCCUCUUUUCUCUUUCCAUUUUCUCCGACUAUCUUCUCUUGUUUCUUCCUUUCUGGUUGUCUCUCCCUCUUUAGCUUUUAGUUGUUCUUGAGAACAGCAACUCCUAACUUUAAUUCUGACAUCUUCUAAAAGUCUCCCCAUCCUCUGUCACCAUGGCCCCUUCUAGCCCCUCUGCCAUUCUCAGCACCUGGGAUGCUAGACAGUGUGGCCUGGAGGAACUGCCCUUGGAGACUGACCUGGGGGAACUUUCCUGGGCACUCUCAGUACCCUUUCUGGGCACUCCCGGUCCCAACGGGGUGGGUCUGGCCCGGGCUCACUUUGAGAAGCAGCCGCCUUCCAAUCUGCGGAAAUCCAACUUCUUCCACUUCGUCCUGGCCCUCUACGACAGACAGGGCCAGCCCGUGGAGAUCGAGAGGACAGCAUUUGUGGGGUUCGUGGAGAAGGAAAAAGAAGCCAACAGCGAAAAGACCAAUAACGGGAUUCACUACCGGCUGCAGCUCCUCUACAGCAAUGGAAUAAGGACGGAGCAGGAUUUCUACGUGCGCCUCAUUGACUCCAUGACAAAACAAGCCAUAGUAUAUGAAGGCCAAGACAAGAACCCAGAAAUGUGCCGAGUCUUGCUCACACACGAGAUCAUGUGCAGCCGCUGUUGUGACAAGAAAAGCUGUGGCAACCGAAAUGAGACUCCCUCAGAUCCAGUGAUAAUUGACAGGUUCUUCUUGAAAUUUUUCCUCAAAUGUAACCAAAAUUGCCUAAAGAAUGCGGGAAACCCACGUGACAUGCGGAGAUUCCAGGUCGUGGUGUCUACAACAGUCAACGUGGAUGGCCAUGUCCUGGCAGUCUCUGAUAACAUGUUUGUCCACAAUAACUCCAAGCACGGGCGGAGGGCUCGGAGGCUUGACCCCUCGGAAGGUACGCCCUCUUAUCUGGAACAUGCAGCUACUCCCUGUAUCAAAGCCAUCAGCCCGAGUGAAGGAUGGACGACGGGAGGUGCGACUGUGAUCAUCAUAGGGGACAAUUUCUUUGAUGGGUUACAGGUCAUAUUCGGUACCAUGCUGGUCUGGAGUGAGUUGAUCACCCCUCACGCCAUCCGUGUGCAGACCCCUCCUCGGCACAUCCCUGGUGUUGUAGAGGUCACAUUGUCCUACAAAUCCAAACAGUUCUGCAAAGGGACACCGGGAAGAUUCAUUUACACAGCGCUCAACGAGCCCACCAUCGAUUACGGCUUCCAGAGGUUGCAGAAGGUUAUUCCCCGGCACCCUGGCGACCCCGAGCGUUUGCCGAAGGAAGUAAUACUCAAAAGGGCGGCAGACCUGGUGGAAGCUCUGUAUGGGAUGCCACACAACAACCAGGAGAUUAUUCUGAAGAGAGCGGCUGACAUCGCAGAGGCCCUGUACAGUGUCCCCCGCAACCACAGCCAGCUUCCGGCCCUCACCAACACCUCGGUCCACGCAGGAAUGAUGGGCGUCAACUCCUUCAGUGGACAACUGGCCGUCAAUGUCUCCGAGGCGUCGCAGGCCACCAACCAAGUCGUGCCAUCCAGCCCCACCAUGGCCUCCUCCACAAGCCUCCCCUCCAACUGCAGCAGCUCCUCCGGCAUCUUCUCCUUCUCACCAGCCAACAUGGUCUCAGCCGUGAAACAGAAGAGUGCUUUCGCGCCCGUCGUCAGACCCCAGACCUCCCCGCCUCCCACCUGCACCAGCACCAACGGGAACAGCCUGCAAGACCAGUCUUUUGAGGACUCUAGCAAGCUCUCCAGUGCAGGGUCCCUCCCGGCCUGGCCUUCUCCUGACCGAUAUCUGGCAUGAUUGUUCCUCCCAUGUGAAAGAAUUGCCUUGAAGAAUUUUAUUAAUGAAGAGGUUGGAUUCUGCUACAGAGAGUAAUCUGAUACAAGUCCCAGAGUGGAACUUUUAACUCAGGCCUUUUUAAGAGGAAUCACAAUAACUGCAGAUUUUUAAACAAACAAUAUCACCGACCUUGCAGAUACUGAAAUUGGAAGGGGUCUGCGAACGCAGGGUGUUGGUUACAGUUGUACCUCCCAAGUCCUUGGGGAUAUAUUUAUUCUGUGUUGAUAAAAGCAAAUCCACUUUUUCUUUCUUUUUUUUUUUUUAAGCUUAACUCUGCAAUCAUUUGUCUUUUAUAAACCAUAAAGCUGUAUACAAGGGACACUAUAAAUAAGACUCCACAUUUUAAUUUAUGAUGUUUUUAAAGCUGUGUAAAAGGAGAAUGAAGUGGUGAUAUUUACAAAAAAGGUAAAAAAAAAAAAAAGCAAAAAAAAGCAAAAAAAAAAAAAGCUUGUAUGGGACAGAAUAGGAAUGCCAGUUAGAUUUUUUAGAAAACUAAGGGUCGGCUUUUGCGCCUUAAAGCAUAUCAAACGGUAGUUACUCGGACAGUGCAUUUCCAAUAUCUAACUUAACAUGCCAUCCCUUAGCAGUGCAAGCUUAUUUAUCUCUUUUGUAUUGUUGUCUUAAGUAACUGUGUAAAUAAAUGCAGCCUGGAAAGUUAAAAAGUGAUGUAAGUGAUCAAAUUUUUCCCCUUCUACUCAAAAACCCAGUGCCUCUAGAUAGAUGUUAAAAUUGCAUAUUUAAACCUGAUUAUCACGCUCUCUUUUGCUUGUGUCAACUUCCUCUGAAGCUGAUGGCCUCUCGAGACCUGGUUGGCACCCAGACUGUGUGAGCACCUCCUUGGAGACUCCAUGGGACAGUGUCAGGCACAGGGUUCCACGAUGCACCCUCCAAGUGGCAAACGCCAAAAGCCCACUUAACACUCCGCCAUCUCCACGUUUCACGUUUACUCAUCUUAAAUGCUGACUUCACACCAACACUCCAAAAGCUGACAAAAGCUACACGGCAGAUCUUUCAGAUUUCCUAUUCCAGACAGCGCCUCUAUCAGUCGACCCUUAUCAUUUGUAACUUCGUAGCUUAAAACGACAGAUUAAGGGUUUUGGAAAUAAGAGUAAAAGGAAACCGGGAGAAAGGAGCAGAAAGUUGAGACUUCCAAACAUAGUUUUCUGUUCGAUGGGAAUUUUUGCUUUCAUUAUCUGGGAAGGGUUCUUAAAAAUAGGAAUUAGUAGCAGAGAUGCCGUAAAGCUCUGAGGAUGCAUCUGCCCGAUACUUCUUUUCUUUGCUGUUGUGUUUUUGUAUGUAGUUAUAAAUACUGUAGAUUUUUGUGAUUUUUUGCCAAAGUUGUUGUUCUAUUUAUACAUUUUAAUGUCUUAAGACAGUUUUUCAAUAUCACACAAAAGAUUUUACUGCAUAUUUUGCAAAGAAAAAAAGCUCACUACCUUUAGCUUGCACAUACUUGCGAAGUUAAUUAAAAGGCUUUUUGUUUUAAAGGGGAUUUUGUAAGAUAUCCAUAUAAAUAAUGUAUUUAUCUUUGGAAUUUGUACAUUGCUUUCCCCUUCUUCCUCUUCCUCCGGCCCCCAGUUUAUUUGAUUGUGUACGUUUGCUAUGUGAAAAGUGCGGAUUGGUUUGGUCUCCUAUAGUUGUACUUGCUGUUUCAAUGUGAUUUUUAAACAUUUCAUUUAUAGUUAUUUUUAGUAUUGUUUUAAACCAUGCUUCAAUUUUUUUUUAAUUUUCACCCAAAAGCCAUUGUCUAUUUUUGUAUUAUUUGUAAGUUAAGAAGUUUUUUCCAAUAUAUGGCAAAAAAAAAAUAGUAGCAUAUUAUUCUUGUAGCGUUUAGUUCUGUAGAUUAAAAAAAAAUGUAUCCUUUGCUUUGGAAGCUUACAGAAAAAAAACCCUAAUGCUGUUUUACUCUAUUAAUAUGCAUGGAACCUCUCCCUUUGGAGUGACGCAUUUUGCGCAUUAAAUUCUGGGGAGAAACUUCAUAGAAAUCAGUGAACAUACUUUCUUUCCUAAGUCUGCUUGUAUAUUUCCUCUGUCUUUCACAUAAAUAUAAACCAGCAGAUUGGAUGCCUUAACAAUGCAAAUCAUAUUCGUUUCACUUGUACAUUGUAACUGUGCACCAGAACUGUCAGUCAUCACUAACAUUCUAAGAAAAAAGAAAAAGAAAAAAGAAAAAAAAAAAGAAAUCGAAAAGCACAAAAGAACUGUUUUGUUACCUUAAGACAAUGUAACUUUUUCUAGUAGAGCAAGAAAUUUACAACAAUGCUGCAACUGUGCAUGCCCCCAUAUGGACUUUGCAAUGGUUUUCACUAGACUGUCAGAGUGCGAUUUUUAUGGGUUGGGGCGGGUGGGGGAGGGGUGUUGCGGGAGGGAAGGGCGGGGAGGAAAGCUGAUUUUUCUUGGUGAGAAAUAAUAAUAAUGAUUAAUAAUAAUAAUAAAACUGGAAAAUGUAAGCAAGGUGGACGCGUUGCUUCUCGGUACUCAGAAAGGUUGUCUGAAUUGGUGUGGUAAGUGCUGGCCUGAAGAUGUGUACAAUUUAAAGCCAUAUUUUGUCUGGUGAGCCCCUUAACCGUUUGUGAAGGACCGGUCAGCCCGUGAGGUGUCCGGCUCAGACCCUGACAACAAACGCCACCCAUUGUCAGCCAUGUGUAGUGGUUAGAACUUUUCUUGAAAGUCCAAAGAGCCUUUAAAAUGUGCAUACUAAUUUGUGUUUCAUUGCCUCUAUUUAUCCCGAUUAGAUGAAAAGACGUUCUGACCCUCUGACCCUCUUUCUUCAACACAAAACUUUUACAAGUAAAAAAAUUGUUCCCCUGAAUACAGAAUAUGGCUUUAAGAAGAAAGUGAAAUAAGAGAAUUAAAUUAAGAUAUCAGUUUUGGGGGAAAAAUACAGCUUCUGGAUGACUGGAUUGCAUAACCUGCCCUGGCCUCACAUUGUACUAGGAUGCAGCUUAACGAAGUCAUCUCUAAAUCUAACCUUUCACCUUCUUAUCAAACUUUUGGAAUCGACACACACUGUACAGUUCAAUUGUUAGAGAACCUAACUACUGUAGAGAUUGUUAUAAUUUUUUUUUUUGCAAAAAUUCAAGCUGUAAAAACUUUUCAACUUUCACAAUAUUUAAUUAAAGUUACUUCCUGUCUGUGA